CUGGACCACGCAAGUUCAAGAUAUGGCCGAUCUUGGCGAAGCGGUCGUUGGCUUCCUUACGCAGCUCGACCAUGCUGCGCUGUCGCCCGCCGUGACGACCUCAGUGCGGUCGGCGCUCGCCGCCGCCAACGACGCCACCUCUACCCUCCACAGCCUUGCGCGCCUUCUCGCGGCCGACGACGCGACGCUCUGCGACGCCAUCUGCGCUGCGUUCCGCCCGUUCCUGCUCGAGCUCGCCGCGCGCCUCCUUACGAUGAACGACUUUGACGACAACAAGCACGAGCGCCUCUCGCUCACGUUUGCGCGCGUGCUGCAGGUCACGCCGCGCAUUUGGCCGCUCGUGCAGCCGUGGCUCGAGACGAGCCGGUGCUUCUUCCACCACAUUGAGACCAUGUCGAUCAGCCGCAAGCGCCGCGCCGCGACCACCGCGCGCCUUCUCGCGUCAGUGCAGCUCGACACGAUCCUGAGCAUGUGGAACUGGGCGCCAUUCUACGCCUUGUGCGCCGACGCCGAUCAACUUGUGCGCGCCGAGGCCAUGCGUGCGACGAGCCUGCUUCUGCGUAUGGACAAUGCGACGCGCGACGUGUUCUUGGCGCAUAUCGAGAGCGUUUCGAGCCCCCGACCGACGAUGCACCUGACGCAGACGACCACGCACCAGGUCUCGGGUGCGCCGCUGCCACCGACGCUGACCGACAUUUGCGGCAUCCUUGUGCCCUUCCGCGCGACGAAACACCAAAGCGCGUACCCGGCGCUCGUCGAGACGCCGUCGACGGUGGCGGGGCUGCGGUCGCUUGCCAUUGCGCUGAGCUUGCGCCGCCCGCUUUUGGUUUCGGGCGCGGACGGCGCUGGUAAGACGGCGAUUCUGCGCGAGCUCGCACAGCGCACGGGCCAUAGCGACCUCGUCGAGCUGCACCUGGACGAUCAAAUGGACAGCAAGACGCUGCUCGGGUCGUACGUGUGCACGGACGUCCCUGGCGAGUUUACGUGGCAGCCGGGCGCGUUGACGCAGGCCGUGACCGAAGGCCGGUGGGUGCUCAUCGAAGACAUUGACCGCGCGUCCAUGGACGUGCUGGCGGCGCUUCUGCCGCUGCUGACGACGCAGGAGCUGCUCGUGCGUGGCCACCGCGUGCCGGCGGCGCCCGGCUUCCAGUUGCUCGCGACGAGCCGCAAGCCGAUCUCGGCCAUGCCAAAAGGCUUCCCGCUCUCGCUCUGGCACCGCAUUCCCGUGGUGCCGAUGCACAUGGACGAGAUCGCGCUCGUCGUUGCCAAGCAGUUUCCGCAGCUCCCGGCGCACGUGACGGAUCUCAUUCUCGGUACAUUUACGCUCGUGACGGACGAGAGCUCGGCGAUCUGGCGCGCGGCGCGUCAGAGCUACGGGCGCGGCUUCUCGCUCCGGGACGUGCUCAAGUGGUGCACGCGCGUCAUGAAGCUCCACGGCCACAUUGAGCCCGGGCAGUACCUCACGCAGGCCAUGCGGGACGACUUGGCGCGCGAGGCGUGGGACAUCUUUUGCAUGGGCAUUCGCGACAUGGACGCUCGCAUUGCCGCUGCGACCUCGAUCGGUGGCCUCUGGCAGGUGCAGCCCGAGGUCGUCGAGACGCAGCUGCGCGACCACCGGCCCAACUUUGUGCCGCACCACGCGUCGGUGACCGUCGGCCGUGUCCAGCUGCAGGCGCUGUCGCAGUCGUCGAGCACCGGCCACCAGAUUCCGUUUGUGCUCACGGGCCAUUGUCUGCGGCUCAUGGAGCAGCUCGCAGCGACCGUCUCGACGUUCGAGCCGACCUUGCUCGUCGGUGAAACCGGUUGUGGCAAGACCACGCUGAUCCAGUACCUUGCGUCGGCGAUGGGCCAGACGCUCGUCGUGCAAAACCUCAACGUGCAGAGCGACAGCGCAGACCUGCUCGGCGGCUACAAGCCCGUCGAUGUCUACCAGCUGGCGCGGCCGCUGUACAUGGACUUUGUCAACCUCUUCUCAUCGACGUUUCCAUCGUCUGCGAACGCGUCGUUCUUGCAUGCGAUUCAAAAAGCGUUCGCGGCCAAGCAGUACAAGAAAAUGACGCAAGGCAUGACCAAGGCGAUUGCGAUGGCCGAUGCCAAGGCCAAGAAGAUGAAGCUCGACCAGAGUGCGCUCACGUGGGCGCAGUUUGGGAGCGCGCUCGCCAAAUUUCAGCGCCAGUACCAGCAAGUCGAGUCGAGCUUUGCGUUCUCGUUCGUCGAGGGCAUGCUCGUGCAGGCGAUGAAGGCCGGCCACUGGAUCCUCCUUGAUGAAAUCAACUUGGCCGGCGCCGACACGUUGGAGCGGCUCGCAAGCGUCCUCGAAGGCGAGCACUCGGGCUUGUCGCUCACCGAGCGCGGCGACGUCGACGUGCUCAAGCCGCACCCGAACUUCCGCGUCUUUGCGGCCAUGAACCCGCCGACCGACGUGGGCAAGAAGGACCUCCCACCCUCGCUCCGCAACCGGUUCACCCAAGUGUACGUGGACGAGUGCGUCUGCCCGCGCGACUUGACGCUGCUCGUUUCGCAGCAGUGGAAGGAGAUGGUCAACGCGCCGGUCGCCGAGACCGUCGUGUUCUACCUCAGUGCGCGUCAAAUGGCGAUCGACGUGCUCAACGACGGCGCGCGCCAACGGCCACGGUACUCGCUCCGCACGCUGACACGGUCGCUGCUCAUGACCAAGACGAUGCUCCAGCGCGGCUACAGCCUCCCGCGCGCCUUGUACGAAAGCUUCUCGAUGGGCUUUGCGACGCAGCUCGAUGCCAUGUCGCGGACCAUCAUGAUGAAGACGAUCAAGAAGACGUUUGCGCCCAACAUCAAGACCAAGGAGCUCGACCAGGCGCCGCCCAAGCCCCGCAAGUCGGGCGACACGUUCGAGCUCGUGAGCUCGUACUGGGUGCCAAAGGGCGAGCUGACGCCGGUCGACGACGCGAUUCCCGACCCGGUCACGAACCUCAAGAAGUUUGUGCUGACGCCGAGCGUCGAGCAAAACCUCCGGCACGUCGCGCGGUCCGUCGUCAUUGGCAAGUACCCGCUGCUGCUGCAAGGCCCGACGUCGGCCGGGAAAACGUCGCUCAUCUUGUAUGUGGCUGCGCGCCUUGGGCAAAAGUGUGUACGCAUUAACAACCACGAGCACACAGACAUUCAAGAGUACCUGGGCGCGUACGUGUCGGACGCCGACGGCAAGCUCACGUUCCAGGAGGGCGUCCUCGUGCAGGCGGUGCGUCAUGGCUGGUGGAUCAUCCUCGAUGAGCUCAACCUCGCGCCGUCCGAAGUCCUCGAAGCGCUCAACCGCCUCCUCGACGACAACCGCGAGCUUUACGUGCCAGAGACGCAGACGACGAUCACGCCGCACCCGCGCUUCAUGCUGUUUGCGACGCAGAACCCGCCGGGCUUGUACGGCGGUCGCAAGGUGCUCUCGCGCGCCUUCCGGAACCGCUUCAUCGAGCUCCAAGUCGACGAAGUGCCGGCGAACGAGCUCCAGAUGAUUUUGCAAGAGCGCAGCGCCCUCCCGCCGAGCUACUGCAACCUCCUCAUCGAGAUCAUGCUCGACCUCCAGCGCGUCCGCGCGCAGUCGAGUGUCUUUGCGGGCAAGGCCGGCUUCAUCACGACGCGCGACCUUCUCCGCUGGGCGCAGCGCGCGCCGACGACCAAGCAGCGCGUGGCCGAAGAAGGGUAUUUUCUCCUCGCCGAGCGCCUCCGGAAGGACGAAGACAAGCUCGUCGUCCAGCAGGUGCUCGAGAAGCGCUGUGGUGUCACGAUCGACUUGGACGCGCUCUACAAUGGCGUGGCGGUCCCGACGAACGUGAUCGGUGAUACGCCGGCGACGGUGUGGGGUACGCCCGAGCAGUUUGCUCAAGUGCAAGCCAAGCUCAGUGACGUCGACGCCAAGGGCAAUCACAGCGGGCUGUCGUCCAUCUCGAUCACGUCGUCGUUGCGCCGGCUCUUUGCGCUUGUUGGCCGGUGUCUGCAGCACAAGGAACCGAUCUUGCUGGUCGGUGAUACGGGCUGUGGCAAGACGACCGUGUGCCAGCUCUACUCGCUCUUGUUUGACCAGACGUUGCACAUUCUCAACUGCCACCAGCACACGGAGACAGCCGACUUUCUUGGUAGCCUCCGGCCGGUGCGCGCGAAAGAGCAGGUGCUGCGACAGCUCACGGCCGCGCUCGCGCAGCUCGAUGCGCAUGUCUCGGCGAGCUACCCUGACACGCUCGACACGUCGGUGCUCCGCGCCGACUUGAACUUGGCGACGAUCGGCGGCCUUCUGGACAGCCUCUUGCCCAAGGUGCUCGCGCUCAACGCGGAGGAUACGACGCUCCUGGAGCUGCACGCGACGAUCCAGAGCUUGAAGGCCAAGGCCGUUGCGCUCUUUGAGUGGGUGGACGGUCCGCUUGUGAGCUCGAUGAAGGCCGGCGACUUGCUGCUCGUCGACGAGAUCAACUUGGCCGACGACGCGGUCCUCGAACGUCUCAACUCGGUGCUGGAGCCUUCGCGCGGCCUCGUGCUCGCCGAGAAGGGCGACACGGCCGAGCACAUUACGGCGGCGGAACCGUGGCGCAUCCUGGCGACGAUGAACCCGGGCGGGGACUUUGGCAAGCGCGAGCUCUCGCCGGCGCUCCGGAACCGCUUUACCGAGAUUUGGGUGCCGAGCCUCUCGCGCCUCGACGACCUCCAGAUCGUGAUUCGCGACCGGCUGCCGGGGCCGUCGGCGCACCUCGCGGACCCGGUGCUCACGUUUGUGCAGCAGUUCAACGCCAAGUUUGCGUCCAACGGCUGGAAGGUGACGCUCCGUGAUCUUCUCUCGUGGCUCGACUUUGUGAACGCGUCGGACCUCGACCCGGCACUUGCGUACGUGCAAGGCGCGGCCCUCGCAGUCCUCGACGGUCUCGGCCUGGGAUCGACGCAGUCGUUGCAUGCGGCGACGACGGCGCGAGCGACAGCCUACGAAAUGCUCUCGGCGGCGCUCCCGAGCGCGCUUAUGGCACAGGUGUCGAUGGACUGGGUCGACGAAGGUGCGAUCUGCGGUGUCGCCCCGUUUAUGAUUGCCAAGGGCCCCGAGCCGGUGACGCCGCAGCCCUUCUCGCUUGCGGCCCCCACGACGCUUGGCAACCUCCACCGCGUGCUCCGUGCGCUCCAAGUGCCGCGGCCAAUUUUGCUCGAAGGCAGCCCGGGCGUCGGCAAGACGUCGCUCAUCCACGCGCUCGCGCAGCUCUCGGGCCACACGCUCGUGCGCAUCAACCUCUCGGAACAGACGGACGUGGCCGAUCUCUUUGGGUCGGACUUGCCGUCGACGGACGCCAACGCGUCGUCGCCGUUCUCGUGGUGCGACGGUGUCUUCCUUCGGGCAUUGAAAGCCGGGCACUGGGUGCUGCUCGAUGAACUCAACUUGGCGUCGCAGUCGGUGCUCGAAGGUCUCAACGCGUGUCUCGAUCAUCGUGGGACCGUCUACAUCCCCGAGAUCGACCAGAGCUUUGUGUGUCCCAAGUCGUUCCGCGUCUUUGCGGCGCAGAACCCGCUGCGCCAAGGCGGCGGUCGCAAGGGUCUGCCCAAGUCGUUCUUGAAUCGCUUCACGCGCGUCGUCGUCGACUCGCUGCACGAGACGGAUCUGCGCGUGAUUGCGACGGCCUUGUACCCGUCGAUCCCGGCGAACGACGUGCACAAGAUGAUUGCGUUCAACAGCCAAGUCCACCAUGAGACGAUGGUCGCGUGCUCGUUUGGCCGUCACGGUGCCCCUUGGGAGUUCAACCUCCGCGACGUCUUUCGCUGGUGCACGCUCGUUGACAAGUUCCAGGCGCCGCCCUACGACGUCUCGGCGUUCAUCCCGAUGCUGUAUGGGUCGCGCUUCCGCUCGACCGCGGACCGUGCGAUCAUUGAGGCCAAGCGCGUGGCCGCGUUUGGGCCGUCGGCGCCGGCGCCGCCGGUGUUUCAACUCACGCCCACGUACCUCCAGGUCGGGACGGCGAUCUUGCCGCGCGUGCACGCUGUGCUGCCCAACCUCGAUGCGCUCCCGCCGCUUCUCAACCAGUGGCUCGAGCCCAUGCAAGCGCUCAUGCAUUGCUUGCACUUGCAGUGGCCGGCGCUGCUCGUCGGUCCGUCGGGGUCGGGCAAAACCGCGAUCGUGCGUCUUCUCGCGGCCAUGACGGGUCGCAAGCUGCACGAACUGGGGCUCAGCACGGGCACGGACGCGACCGAGCUCCUCGGCUGUUUCGAACAAGUUGACGUUCAGCGCCGCGUGCAAGAAGCGAUGCGCGAGCUCAGCGACGUGGUGGCUGUUGUCCAGCAAAAGCUGCUGCUCGACGCCAAGACGGCCGAGUUCAACGCCGUGACGCAAGCCGUGGCCGCGGUGCACCAGCGCCAAGCCGCGUGGAAGGCGCACAAGGGCGAGAUGGACCCGAUGCAGUUGGAUCUGUUGGACCACGUCGUGUCGGUGCUCUCGCCGCACGCGCCGUCGGUGGACAGCAUCGCGUCGAUUCACGCGCAGUUGACGAGCAUUCGGACGCUCGUGGCGUCGCCGGCGCGCAGCAGCUGCUUCGAGUGGGUCGACGGCGCGCUUCUGCGGGCCAUGGAGCUCGGCGACUGGCUGCUUUUGGACAAUGUCAACUUUUGCUCGGCGUCGGUGCUCGACCGUCUCAACUCGCUCCUCGAGAUCAACGGCGAAUUGCUCGUCAACGAGUGUGGUGUUGUCAACGGCAACCUCCGCGUCGUCAAGCCCCACAAGAACUUUCGCAUCUUCCUCGCGAUGGACGCGCAGUUUGGCGAAGUGUCCCGCGCCAUGCGCAACCGCUGCAUUGAAGUCGCGCUCGUCCCGAACGACAUGGCCAGCAGCCCCAAGAUGGACUUUGUGUCGCUUAUCCAGGGCGCAGCCACGUCGGUGGCCUACCCCGUCGCUGUCUACGACCGCCUCCACGCUGUGCACUACGACAAGGCGAGCCUCGACAAGUCGAUUUCGAUGCGCCACGCGGUCAACUGGAGCCAGCUCGUGCAGGCGCUCCUCGACCACGGCGCCGCGUUCGCCGAGGCGCUCGAGCUUGCGACGCAGGAUGUGUACGGCUCAACGUUUGGCACGGUGGAACUCGGUGUCGACGCCGGCACGGCCGCCGUCUCGACGCAGAUGCUUGUGCAGGACGCUGUCGGUGGCAUGGCUGCGCGUGAUGCGCGCCUCCCAUUGCACCUGGCGUCGUCGCCGAGCCAGCUCAUCGAAUGGGUGCAGCUCUGGACGACGGCGACGGUGUCGGACAAAUGGCCGCGCCAUUUGCUCUUGAACGACGAAGCCGUUUGGACGCAGUGCGCGACGGCCGGUCUGCAGGAUGCGACUGCUGCCAUGACGACGGAGCUUCUUCCGUGGGCGCUGUACCGCAGCGGCCAACCGUCGGGCUUCCACGCCCAAUGCUCGCACCCGUUUGGCACGUGGCUCGGGUCGGAAGUGCUUUUGCAGUCGAUUCUCAACGGCCUGUCGUCAGCCAUUGCGACGUGCGCGGCCGUGGCGGCCCCGCACCUCUCGUCGCUUGUUGCGAACCCGCCGGCGUUGCACGUGCUCAAGACGGCGCUGCUGCAGGCGGUGUCGGACGCGGCGAGCGUUGAGACGCAGUGGCAACCGGUGGACGCCCUUGUACAGUCGCUCGAGAUGCUGCAACACAUGUGGUGGCCUCGGUUCCAAGAGCAGGUGCUCUUGGGUCUCGCAACGACUGAAGUGACGACGACGGCCAAGAAGACCAAGCGGGCGCUCAAAAAGACGAAUAAGAAGGCGGCAGCGACGCUCCUCAACGUGUCGUACGAGUGCUUCCUCCACGGCGCCGAGUCGGUCGACGUCGAGAACGAUCUCAUCCCGAUUGUCUUUCCGACCUUGCACGCGCUCGAUGCGGUUCUCGACGAAUUCGUCCAGCUCAGCAUGUACAAGGUGCUCUCGGCGCGCCACGUGGCUGCCGUCGCCAAGGUGAUUGACCUCCGGUACGCGCUUGGCCGCGUCUUCUCGACUGCGUCCCCUGUGUUUCCGUGGCACCCGUUCUUGGUGGUGUGGAAGUGGCUCGUCAAGGGCUUCAACGACCUCGAGACGCAUGUGCUCACGCUCUCCACCGCGGUCGUACACGCCAAGGACAUGCUCGAGCGCAUGGAGUUUGGUAUUACUACCUGCAUGGGCGUUGCCCGCUCCAAGGACGCGCUGUGGAAGCGCGGCGGCCACCGGCAGCUGCCACCGUCGCUCACGACGUGGUCGGCCAUCUCGGCCGUCGAGGGCCUCGCCGCGACCGCGACUGGGCCGCUCACCGCCGCCGGUCACCAGCAGCAAGUGUCGCUGCUCGAUAUGCUUUGCACGACGUCGUCGGUGUACGAGUUUACGCCGUCCAGCCUCCUCUCGGUGCCGCAUGCAUUCCGCCAAGAGCUCCUCCACGCGCUCACGACGUACACGUGGUUCAUCGAGACGGCCAACCAGUCGUUUGCGACGCUGCAGCAGCUGCCCAAGACGCUGUCCACGUCGUACGAUGCGAUGCAGGCCAAGUUUGCCGCCGAGCACAAGCACAUGCUCGUGCAUUUGACGCCGCCCGACGACGACAUGGACCGCGGUGAGACCAAGACGGUGCUGCUACUCGCGGACGACAACAGCAAGGUGGUGGAGAUGUGGAUCCAGCUGCAGUUGAGCCCGCUCCGGGAGCUCUUGUAUCUCCGUCUCGAGCACCAGAUUGUGGCAAACUUGUCCGAGUUGCUCGUGGCGCCGCUGGCGUCGUUUGCAACCAAAGUGCCGGUGGUCCUCGCCUGCAUCGACAAGUGGCUGCCGCUGCAGCGCUACGUGCCGACGCGGUCGCCGGUGACGCUCGUGCCGUACCAAGAUGUGCUCUGGCGCGGCCAUGUGUACCUCGACAACAGCAAGGCGCUGACGCUCGACGACCACGCCGAGUUCAAGCGGGUCGUGACCAAGCACAUGCAGUCGAUCUACGUCUCGUUCCACGACCGCCUCUGGAACAGCAGUAUCGUGCACGCCGACAAGAUCUCGAACCGCGUGUACCACACCGAGAGCCAAGAGGCGGCCCUGACCUCGACGGGCGGUCUUUUGCGGCUGCACCAGGCGGUCGAAACGACGCUUGCGCUGCACUACCUCCAGCCGCUCAAGCAAACGCCGAUCGUCGACGUGACGGCUGCGACCGCCAAGCUCCAGCAGGCGGUCGCCCACUGGCUCGAGCACCACGAGUGCCCGGACCUGGACGCGACCAGCGGCGCGUACUGGUGGCAUUUGCUGUCCGCAACGGUGCUUGUGUUUGUGCCUCACGCGCACGACGCGCUGGCGGUCUACGCGGCAAGUGGCGACGCAACCGAUCUUCUGGCGCUGCUUGCGACGUCAAAAGACGCUCGGUUUGUGGCGUCGCUCCCGAUUCUCAAGGCGUGUCUUGUGCUCUCGGCGCGUCUCCCACGCGGGUCGAUGCGCCAGCAGGGUGUGCAGUGGACGCUUCUGGGUCUCUGGCGCUUUGGCCUCUUGACGCCGACGUCGCCGCUCGACCCGGCGUUAUUGCCGCUCAUCAAGCGCGACGUGCUUUUGCAGCAGAUUGCGCGGGCUUCGUGCCGUAACACGGUCGACACGGUGCUCCAGGCGCAGUCGCCGCAGGCGUACGUGGCCGAGAACGUCGACGUCUCGAUCGCCAAGGUCGAUGCGCUUACCGACAAGGCGAUCGCGCGGCCGUGCGACGAUGCGCUCUUUGGUGCGGCCUUCCAAGAGAUUGUCCGGUUUGGCUCGACCAUCAUGACGGCCAAGGUCGUCGGCUGGUGCGAAGCGCUCGCGAUCGACGCAAAUGAGAGCAGCCAAGUGCUCCGCGAGCUCAUCAUGUUCCAGCAGACCACCGAGAGCUUUGUGCGUCGGCUGCAGCACAAGUACGUUGUGUUUGGCGACGUCAUCGAGCCGGUGGUUGCAGCCAUCUACCACGCCAAGGACGGUCUCUCGCUGCUCAUGAGCGUCGUCACGGCGCAGGACAAGCCGGCGAUUGCGUCCUUGGCGCGCACGCUGCUCAGUGUGCCGAGCCCCGCGAGUUUGCCGGUGACGGCGUCGGCGCUUUUGGACCACGGUGCGGUUCUCGAUGCCCACCAUGUGCCGCGGUUGCACCGGUUGACGACGGCGUUGUACCAGCUCGAGCUCCAAAACACCGACCAGCUGCAGCUCUUCCGGCGCAAGUCGGCGGCCAAUGGCGCGUACCUCGCGGUCGCGCAGUCGAUCUUUGAUGGCUACAUGACGCUCUGGACGGAGAACCAAGCGAAAAUGGACAAGAAGCGGGAAGAAGACGAGCAGCUUUUCCGGUUCAAAGCGCGGACGCUCGAGAUCGACUCGGAAGAGCAAAUCCUCGAGCGCGAGUACCGGCAGCAGUUCCCCGACUUUGCCAAGGCGUUCUCGGACCUCUUGGAGGACCCGCUGGUGGCGACGCCCGCCGACGUUGACCCGACAAUCGAUGCGUCGCCGCUCCCGGACGCCGUCAUUCAGCUCGUCUCGUUUGCCCACGAACGCCUCUUUACGCAGCACACGCGCUACACGACGUCGCGCGCGGCCGCGGUCCAGACCAUGUACGAGGUCGGGUUCCACCUCAAGGCGUCGAUCAACGACCUCCGCGACGAGGCCCUCGACGUGUCGACGCGUGGCGGCCACAUUGUGUACGCGCAGCAGUCGCUUGCGCAGCAGGCGCCGGCGUCGAACGUGGUCUUUUCGCAGCUCUCGGCGGCGUACGUGGCGGGCAUUGACUUUCACAAGGAUGCGCACGUCAAGGAGGUCGUCAUGGUGCGGUCGCCGCUCCAGCGCUUCAUGCUCCGCGUCCGGACGCUUCUCGAGCAGUGGCCCGACAAUGCGAUUCUGCAAAAGCUCUUGUUGCUGGCCAACCGGCUGCGGCAAAUGUCGAUGCACGUGCCGCUGGCGCAGAUCCUUGUCGGUGUCGAGCUCCUCCUCAAGAACGCCCAAGACUGGCAGGCGAUUGCGUCUCGGGACGUCGCAAUCACCGACGAGAUCGCGUCGCUGAGCGGCCUUGUCGUGCGCUGGCGCAAGCUCGAGCUCUACUCGUGGCCGCAGCUCAUGCUCAUCAAGGAGCGCAAGUUCCAGCUCGAGGCGCGCAAAGCUUGGUUCCACCUGUACACGCUGCUGACGUCGCCGCCGAGCGGUGACGAGACGGUCGUGCCCGAAGUCGCAACGCUCAACUGGAUGUUCACGCUCACGUCGAUGCCGGACACGGAGCUCUUGGCCAAGGGCUGGCGUUUCCAGCUCUUCGACACGAUGGAUGCGUUCCUUCGCACUUGCACGGUCGGCCAGUUCCAGACGCGACUCGUGCUGCUCUAUGCGUUCUGCGGCCAGCUCUUCCUCGAGGUGCAGCACGCGCCCAAGCUCGAGACGCUUCGGUUGGCGUCGACCUUGUAUCAUUUGUACCGGUUCUACGCGCAGCACCUUACGUACGGGUGCCACCCGCUGUGGUCGCGGCUCCGGACGCCGAUCCAGACGCAGCUCAACGACUUUAUCAAGAUCUCGCGCUGGGACGAGCAGACGUACUACUCGCUCGCGGCGUCGGCCGAGAAGAGCCACCGCAAGCUCAUGAAGUUUGUCCGCGACUACGAAGAGAUUCUCAACAUGCCGAUGCAGACGUUCAUCGACAAGGUCGUCGACGGCAACAUCACCAACGAAAAGUACGACGGCAUCCAAGCGCUUCAGACGACGUGGAACGACCUCAAGGCGCGCGACGACCCUGUCGAGCUCGUCAAGGACACGGAAAAGGACGCCGACGACGACGCCCCGAUGGACAUCAAGGACGACGCCGACGAAAACGAUGCGCCCAAGGAAGUGUGGCGCAUCGUGCUCAUGCCGGCCAAGACCAAGGAAGCACCAGUGGCGCUCCCCGAAGCGUGGACGGCGGCCGUGGACAACUUCCGCUGGGUCGCGCAGCUCCCGACGCUGACGCGCAAGAUCCAAAAGUACACGGCGACCGAGCUCCUCACGGAUGCGGCGCUGCGCCGCAAUCAGGCUGGUCGCCACGUCGGUGAAGACCUCUGCGAGACGAUCAUUUACCGCAUUGAGAAGCUCAAGUCGGACUCGGCCCCCAAGGGUGCGAAGAAGAAGGCGCUCGUCGACCUCCUCGCCGAGCUCAAGUCGCAGGGGUUCUCGCACCUCAAGACCAAGACGCCGCCGCAGCAGCAGCACAUGCAGUCGUUGCUCGAGCUCGACGUGCCGUUUGUCGACACAGUGCUUCGGUUGCACCCGGACGUCGUAGCGACUACGUCGUCGGGAGUCGCGGGCCUCUGGGCGCACGCCGACAGCUACUACUACCGGUUCCUCUCGCAGAUCCAGUCGAUGCGCUUCACGGUCGCGUCGGGCUACAACAAGGACAUUUCGUGGUCCGAGGUAGACCGCAUGUCGGGGUACGCUGAGAACAUGCUGCACACGAUGCUGCAACAGCGCGCGCUGCUCGCACAGAUGGUGUCGACGCACGAAGGUCUCCUCUUUGGCCUCGCGCAACUGCAGUCGCUUCCGGCGUCCCACGACCUCGUCCACGCCCAGACCUUCUUGGCGGCGUGGCGCGACGCGCAGACCGCGACGCUGCUCCAGCUGACGAAAUGGGUCGAUGAACUGUUGCUGCUCUUUGCUGACGACCCGGUGCUCGGCCAGCUCCUCACGGCGCUGCAGCAGUGCGGCGCGCAAGUCGCCAAAGCGUCGGUGGCCGCGCACUCUGGCAUUCCCGAAGUGCCGUCCGACGACGGCAACUUUGACGCGGCGACAAGCUUUGGCUUUCAAGACAAGACGGCGUCGACGACGACGGGCUUUUCGCCGCAUUUGCUCGAGCAGCCGGGCGCCUUGUGGCUCGACCCGGCGCCGCUUUUGGCGUCGGCGGCGGGUGGCGAGGCCGUGGUUGCGCAGCUGGACGCGUUCUGCAGCGCCAAGUCGGUCGUCAGCAUUCGGGAUGCGCUCUCGUCGUUGACCGCCGAGCAGGCGCAGUGGGCGGCGGAUGCGGCCUCGCACCGUGCGCCGGCAACCACCGAGUCGCGCGACCUCGUCGAAGCAGUCGGCGGCCGCUUCAACACGGUUGUCGAGAGCAUUUUGCUCUCGAUCCAGCAGGCGUGCAGCCUCUUUGAGACCAGCAACGACGACAAGGUCGACUUGGACUCGAUGGUUGUGUGUCACCAACACCUCGCCAAGCUCGUGGGCCAGAGCCAAGUGCACAAGAUUCCGGCGCAGCUGCUCUCGCUUCUGUCGCACUUGCAUGCAUCGUCGUCGGCGGACGUGGCGCCGUGCUUGCGCUGGGUGCAGUCGCUCGUGCCGGCGCUCAGCGCGCUUGUCCAGUGGCACUACCAGCUGCUCGCCGACGUCAUCUACGUCCACAAGAGCAUGUCCAAAGCCGAGUUUGUCAUCGUCCGCGUCUUCCGGACGCUGCUCUCGAACGGCUUUUGCAAGGCGCCAGAAGAGAAGGAAGACGACUCGACCGGCGGUCAGUUCAACUUUGAAGAUGACGUGGAAGGCACGGGCAUGGGCGAAGGCGACGGCAAGAAGGACGUGUCGGACCAGAUCGAGGACGAAGAGCAGUUGCUCGGCCUCAAGGGCGACGAGCCGCCGCCCGAGAACCAAGAGAAGAAGGACAAGGAGAAGGACGACUCGGGUCUCGAGAUGAACAACGACUUUGACGGACAGCUUGAGGACAUUGACGACGACGACCAGAAGGACGACGACAAGGACGACGACGACGACCAAGAGGAACUCGACCGUGAAAUGGGCGACUUUGACGAAGACAACAUUGUCGACGAGAAGCGGUGGGGUGAAGACUCGGACGACGAAGACGACAACAUUGACAAGGACAAGGAGAAGUUUGACGACAAGGAAAUGGAAGGCGAGGCGCUCGAAGACGAAGUCCGCGGCAAGGACGGUGACGAAGACGAGGAUGAGAAGGAUGACAAGGACAAGGAUGAGAAGAAGGACACGCCGCAACCCCCGGCCGCCGCCGACGACUCGAAGGACGACGAUGACGACGGUGGUGACGACGACGAUGAGAAGAAGGAUGGUCCGAUGCCCGACGACGAGAUCAACGAAGAUACUGAAGACAAGUACGAGGAAGAUCACGACGACCUGGCGCCGCGCGACGCCAACCCUGACGACGAAGAGUCCAAGCCCGAGGAAGAAGAGUUUGCAGAAGACAUGAAGCUCGAUGGUGACGGUGACGACGACGACAAGGACAAGGACGACGACGAGCAAAUCGACGAAGAGAUGCCGAACGACGAGUCGCCUGAAGGCGAGGGUGCCGAGGACGAGUCGGCUGCGCCCGAAGACGACGAGGCCAAGGACGACGAAGAGGAUGCGGAGGCGCCCGAGCCCGUCUCGAUGGGCGCCGGUAUGGACGAUCAGGACGUCCCCGACGAGCAAAAGGACGACGAGUCCAAGCUGGAAGAGGAAGUGCCCGAAGAGAUCAUGCCAGAGGAGAAGAAGGACGAGAGCCAGAACGCCGGCGCGGUCGCGGGCCUCGAGUCCAAGGACGGCGCCGACACGAUGGAGCCCGAAGAAGCCAAGGAAGACGACCAAGAAAAGGCCGACGAGGACAUGGCGGACGCGGAAGACUCGGCCGAGCAGAACCAAGAUCGCCAGGGCGGCCAAGCCAACCCGGAAGGAAAGGAUCUGCAGUCGGUGCACAGCGAUGCGUCGGCGGACCCGCAGUCGCGCGAGCGCAAGGACCCCAACCCGUACCAAAACCCGCGCAAGGCGCAGGAACAUUGGCGCAAGCGCAUGGAGAUCCUCGACUCGGACGCGACCAAGGACCAAAACGCGGAUGAGAACGACGACGACGGCGCCGACGACGAUACAAAGGACGACGGCGGUGUCGGCGAGCUCGCGGACGACGACGAGAAGGCCGAGUUGGCCCUCGCACCGACCGAAGACACGGUCAUGCACGGCGCCGACGACGACGAGGACAAGGACGGCGACAAGCCCGACGAGCCCAUGGACGACGACGAGACGCCGGCGCCCGAAGAAACCCCGGUCGUCGACGACAAGCCGACCGAGACCCAGGACGAAGAGAAGGCGCCCAAGGCCCCGCAAGACAAGAUGCAGAAGGCCAAGGAGCAAGGUCUCAAGGCCGAAGAGCUCAUUGACGAGGACGUCGAUGACGACAUGGGCGUCGACGACGACGACGUCCGCAACGACUUUGAACGCCGCAUCGACGAAGAAGUCGACGAGUUUGCGCCGGUCGUCGCGUCCGGUGCCGGCGCUGGCGGCGAAAGCGGCCUUGACGCUACCACGAGCUUUGACGUCGACGCGCUCCGAGUGCAGUUGGACGCGGCCAUGUCGUGUCCUACCGUCGACUCGAUCGAGCGCGGCACGGCGCUCUGGAACACGUAUGACCACAUUACGCGUGCGGGCGCCCAGCGUCUCUGCGAGCAGCUGCGUCUCGUGCUGGCGCCGAUGCUCCGGUCGCGUCUCCAGGGCGACUACCGCACGGGGAAGCGCAUCAACAUGCGCAAGGUCAUCCCGUACAUUGCUUCGUCGUUCCGGAAGGACAAGAUCUGGCUGCGGCGCACGAAGCCGAGCAAGCGCGCGUACCAAGUCAUGGUGGCGAUCGACGACUCGGAAUCGAUGGCCGACAACCACGCCGGUCGGCUCGCGCUGGAGGCGCUCACGACGCUCUGCAAGGGUAUGACGCAGCUCGAAGUCGGUGACAUUUCAGUCGUCAAGUUUGGCGCUGCCGUCGAGCUCUUGCAUCCGUUCGAUAUGCCGUUCACGGACGACGCCGGUGGCCGCGUCAUUCGGUCGUUCCAGUUUGACCAGACCAAGACGCACAUGGUCCAGACGCUCGAGGCCAUCGUGGGGCUCUUGGACCAGGCCAAGGCGUCGAGCCACCACAGCGGGAGCGAGAUCACGCAGAUCGUCUUCAUGAUUUCCGACGGCCGCUUCGACAAGGACGGCCGCACGCGCAUGCAAAAGCUGGUCCAGCACGCGAUGGAGAAGCAGCAGCUGAUUGUGCUGUUGAUCGUCGACCACCCCAAGGACGGCCAAGGCAUUUGCGACACGCAGAGCGUCUCGUUUGUGCGCGGCAAGGUCGAGAUGACGCCCUACAUGGACAACUUCCCGUUCCCGUAUUACGUCAUCAUGAAGGACACGACGCUGUUGCCCGAAACGCUAUGCAACGCGCUGCGGCAGUGGUUUGAGCUCCUUCAAGGCAGCGACUAGAACAAGUUAUAUAACCUACACAAUUGCAUGUUUGUAUUUUAUAAAGGACGGGUGAUGCAGAGUGUGAUAUGUCA